CAGAAAAUCUCUCGAAUUACCCACUUCUACAGACUCAAUUGAUUUCAUUUCAUUUCUGAAUUAUUAUUAUUAUUAUCGAUUUUGUAUUGUUUGAAUUCAUACUUACCCAUCAUGACGCGAAAGGGAAUGAGGAUUGUGUUAUUCAGACCUCCACCUUUUUCUUCUGCACCGAGAACGCCGUCGCCUCACACGUCUAGCCCACCUUUACCGGAUUCAAUCUUGGAGGAGAAUCUUGAGGUUGCAAAAUCGUUUCUGGCCAGGUGGGGACCUGAUUCCACCACUGCUGUUUCUCUGUUUCAAGGGGACGACCGUGAUGAAGCUCGGCAGUUUAUCGAAGUGGUUAAGAAUUUGCAUGCUGCUAUGCAGUGCCAUGCUUCUCAGGAUUCAUCUUCGGAUAAGCUCGUGCGUGCUCAUGAUUUGAUGAGUACUGCCAUGGAGAGGCUUCAGAAGGAGUUUUCCCAGAUUUUGUCGGUUAAUCGUGAGUAUUUGCAUCCGGAAUCGGUUUCUAGAGUCCAAUCGCCGAUGACGAUAUCGGCCAGAUCGAGUGUUUCUGAUUUUGAACUGAAGACAGAAGAUGAGUUCGGAAUUGCUAACGAAUCUAUUUCUGAGGUUGAGCGAGUUUCUAUGUUGGCCAUGGCGGAUUUGAAAGCAAUUGCGGACUGUAUGAUAUCCACCGGCUAUGGAAAAGAAUGUGUCAAGAUUUAUAAAACUGUGAGGAAAUCGGUCAUAGGCGAGAGUCUCUACAAUCUAGGGAUUGAGAAAUUGAGUUUUUCGAAAGUUCAGAAGAUGGAUUGGGAUGUUCUAGAGAUCAAAAUAAAAAGCUGGUUUAAAGGCGUGAAAACCGCAUUGAAGUCUCUGUUCAAAGGAGAGAAAAUCCUUUGCGAUCAUGUUUUCUCGGCUUCCCUUCCCAUCAGAGAAUCGUGCUUCGCUCAAAUUUCUAAAGCCGGUGCAACGAUUCUGUUUGGAUUCCCAGAAUUAGUUGCCAAAUACAAAAAAUCUCCGGAGAAAAUUUUCAUUACACUAGACCUAUACGAAGCCAUAGCCGACCUCUCGACGGAGAUCAAUUACAUUUUCUCAUCCACAGCAUCAUCCAAUGUGCAAUCACAAGUCGUCAGUUCACAAAUCAAACUCGGAGAAAACAUUGGCACAUUAAUCACUGACUUCGAAACGUCUAUUCAGAAAGAAUCAUCGAAAAAACCGGUUCCUAGAGGCGGAGUUCAUCCGCUCACUAGGUACGUGAUGAACUAUAUUUCGUUCCUCUCCGAUUACAGGGGAAUACUCAACGACAUUUUAGCCGAUUGGCCUCUACCAACAAAAUUACCAAUGCCAGAAUCAUACUACGGAACGUCUAAGGAAGAAGAUAGUCCGAUUACCUUACAUUUCGCUUGGCUGAUUCUUGUCCUCCUAUGUAAACUCGACGGCAAAGGCGAGCAUUACAACAACGUCGCUCUCUCCUACUUGUUCUCGGCCAACAAUCUCCAAUACAUCGUCAACAAAGUUCGCACCUCAAAUCUGCGAUUCGUCCUCGGCGGCGACUGGAUUGAGAAGCACGAAUCGAAGAUCAAACUGUAUUCCUCCAAGUACAGGCGCAUUGGAUGGAGUGAAGUGUUCUCGACGCUGCCGGCGGACGUAAAAGCGGAAAUCUCACCGGAGGAAGCAAGAGAAUCAUUCAGAAAUUUCGACAGAGCUUUUAAAGAAACUUGCAGAAAACAGACCUCCUGGAUAGUGCCCGAUCAGACGCUCCGUGAUGAAAUAAAAAUCUCGGUGGCAAAGGAACUUGGAGCUUUAUACGGCGAGUUUUACGCGGAGAACCGGGUUCGUACUGGGCGGGUUUCUGAGUCGGAUCCGGUAGUCCGAUUAUCCCCUGAUGACUUGGGUAAUUAUUUAUCGGAUCUGUUUUACGGGUCUGGAUCCGGAAGUGAAGGGAGCGUGUCCUCGUCUACUCCAUCCUCUCACUCCUCUCCGUUUUCUGCCGUUUUCUAG